GCGAUACGAUAACUGCAAAUAUGUGAAUUACAAAUACAAAUUCCAAAGAAGAAAAGGCUAACAUACCGUUUAGCAAAAGUAGCAGCAUUACUUUCUCAGUAGCAGUUUUGCUUUACCGACACUGUCAACUAGAUAUCAUGGAUGUUUUACGGCCAUCUUUAAUCAAUAUAAAUGGAAGAAUUUAUAGAAGAAAUAUUAUAAAAGAAGAACAGUAUGAGGACGAAGAGGACUUCUCCUACAUGGACGCUCCAGGUAUUGCAGAUAUUGCAGAAGAUGAAACCUGUGACACUCACCUCAUUGAGCAGACUGAUAAAGGAUACCGCUGUGCCAUUGAUGUGCCAAGUGUCCUUUACAAAUAUAUCAUUGGGAAAAAGGGAGAGACACGCAAACGGUUGGAGACGGAUACAAAAACAUCUAUUAACAUACCCAAACAGGGAGUGGAAGGGCAGAUUGUUAUUACAGGAUCUCACAAAGCUGCAGUCUUAUCUGCUGUCACACGAGUUGAAGUACUUGUUGACAGCUUCCGCAGAAAGCAACCCUUUACGCAUUUCCUGUCAUUUCCUCUGAAUGAUCCCAAAAUUCAAGAAGGAUUCCUGAGAUUUAAAGAUGAUGUGCUACUUCAGUGUUCACAGGAUAAUGGAGUAGAUGAGAGCAUCUUUCAAAACCCUGCAAAGCUUCACCUGACAAUCGGGACCUUAUCUCUUUUAAACGAAAUGGAAGUGAGAAAAGCAUAUGAGCACCUUCAAGAGUGUCAGAUGUUCCUCAGGGACAUCACAGAAGGCAAACCUUUGCCUUUGGAAGUAAGGGGUAUAGAGUAUAUGAAUGAUGACCCAGCCAUGGUGGAUGUCCUGUACGCUAAAGUCAAUGUGACAGAUGGGUCUGACAAUUUACAGGUAAUAGCAGAUCGGCUGGUGGAGCACUUUGUCUCUGCAGGUCUCAUGGUCAGAGAGUGGGACAAAGUGAAGCUACAUGGCACUGUGAUGAACACGCUGUUCAGAAAGGACUCAACAGCUGAAGACACAGGAGGCCAAAGAAGACAAACCUUGAAUGAAAGAGAAGCGUUUGAUGCCAGGAACAUAUUAAAGAAAUUUGCUGCCUAUCCUUUUGGAGAGUUUGAGCUGAACUCAGUCCUUCUGUCCCAGAGAUAUUCCACAGACUGUACAGGCUACUACAGCUCUGCAGGAAGCAUCUGCUUUUCCUGAGCUCACGGACAGACUUUGGUCAUAACCAGUGCAUCUGAGGACAAGGGGUGACGCCACAGGGAGAGCAUAACUCCACACAGAAGGAUAUCAACUGAAUCCACAUAAAAGGAGUCAUUUUGUGUUCUUCUUUAAUUAGUAUUUGUUAAAGUGAAGUUAAAUAACUGUAUAAGUCCAACUGUCAUUUGGAUGUCACAGAAAGAAUAUAUAUUAUUUUUUAUUAGUACAUUUUGUUUUGGGAAGUGAUCAAAUUUACUGUGACAUUAUCCUUGUUUCAAGGAGGAGUAUUUUGAACAAACCCCUGAAAAAGCAGAAAAACCUGCUUAAAAGAUAUUCGUUUGGUGGUGCUAAUCCUUGAAAAUACUGUUUUAUACUGCGAUGAUCAGAUGGUGCUUUGUCAUACUGAGCUUUCAAAAUGCGGAGCACUCCGUUUACAUGGAGGGGGUCAUGUUGUUUUAACCUUUCUCCUUUUAUAUAGCAUUUUCAUGUAUGUGUAAAAUUGUCCACACAAAUUCACACACACAUCCCCCUGCACGAACCUCCAGCCGUGUCCCUGUCUUUUCAGAAUCCUAAUUGAAUGCAGUCACUGGACACAGAGUUUGUCCUCUUGCCCCCUGCCUACUCCCCCUCAGCUGCUCAUCCUCUCUGUUUGGCAUGCAGCAGGGCCACUGCAGAGUGGCCAAAAGUUACACUGAUGGAAACUGAGGGUGCAUUUUGUUUGUCAGCAGUGCCAUCUUGUGCUGUCCACCCUUCUGUUUCAGCACUGCCAUGGAGUUUUUUUCCCCCCUCCUUUUUUCUCUCCCGCACUCCUGGAAUCUUGCCACCAGACACCAUUAAGACUGGGGACAUGCAAAUUUGGUCUUCAGAUAAUGGCCAGCCAGCCAGUGGAGCCAUUCAGGCAUUGACUGUUGAACUGCCUGGGCCAAAGAUGUAUCUGUUCAGACCCAGAAAAGAGGGCCUAAUUACCCCACUCCCUGUCUCCUGAGAGCAUGCUUGUUAGUGGGUCAGCGGUACACAUCCAGCUUAACGCCACUCUCAGGUGUCUGACACAGUAGAGGCGCCGCAGAUCUCUUUUACUAUUGGUCAUGAGAGCAGAAAUACAGGGCGUGAGAGAGACGUUGACAGUAAUGGAAUUCACCGCAACCGUAUGCCUCGUUGUUUCCUGUGACAGGGACAUGAUCAAGGACACAUUGGACAGAUGUCCUCCCUAAUGACCCCGCUAAAAACAUGUGUGGAGGAACAUAGGUCUUUUCCCAGACAG